UCUUUGGGCGACUAAAGUUGUAAGGUUUGCUUAAAGACUUGAUUUCCAAAGAAUUUAAGCUGGUGUUUUGAGUACUGAAAAUCUUGAAAUAUGGGAGUUUCUCCAGUACAAUCCCUACUUAUUGCCCUUAAGAUGGAGAGGAGUAUGCCCCAAGGAAAUGGGCAAAGUUGCAGUGCAAAUGGGUGUUUGGGGAGCAAAGUGAUGGAAGUCCAAGCUGCCAAGAGAAGAUGGCAAGGGAAGAAGCAAAGGAUGGCUAGGAAAUAUGCAAGACAUGUACUCAGAAUAAAAAAGCUGGAUACGGCCAGGAUCUUGAUGAUGAAGAAGACCGCACGCCUUGGUUCAAGGAAGCAUGCAAAUAAUGGGAUUGGGAGAAGGGUCAGAACCCUGAAGAGGCUCAUUCCAAACGGCGAAUCCAUGGGUAAUUUGGAUGGACUUUUCAGAGAGACAGCUGAUUACAUUUUGUCAUUACAGAUGAGAGUGAGAGUUAUGCAGACUGCGGUUAAUGUAUUAACAAAUUCUGACGAGUGAUCAAUUCAUCCUAUUUGUAUUUUUUCUUCUUCUUCGAUCUUCUUCUUCUUAUUUGUAUUUUUUACCCCCUUUUAUUCGUAAUUUAUGCUUAAUUUUCCUUUUCAUGUGGUUCAUAGACAA